AAUCGAGCUAGCUAGAUUAUGAAAGAAUAUAUUCUAUUAAUGUUUUUUUGUGUAAUAUUGAAGUUGUGAUUUCAUUUUACCAACACUCCCUAUCAAAACGAAUGGAAAGUUAGACACAGUUUCGAAUUUACACACGCGAAGCAAACAUGUCCGAAAUAUCUGCUCAACCCCCUUCGCGCUCACUAAAGGGCAAAGUCGCCAUCGUCACCGGCGCCGGCUGCGCUGGGGAAGGCAUAGGCAAUGGCCGCGCGAUAUCUAUCCUCCUCGCAUCCGACGGUUGCGACGUGCUUUGCCUCGACUUGAAUCUCGACUGGGCCACCAAGACAGCUGAACUUGUUAACGCGCAGGCAGGCAGUGGCCGUGCUAUAGCUGUUCAAGCCGACGUCACCUCUGCGACAGCCUGCGAAGAAGCCGUCGCGACUGCGCUUCGAGAGUUCGGGCGCCUCGACAUAUUGGUUAAUAAUGUUGGAAUCGGCGGCGCAGCAGGGACUGCUGUUAAUGUUGACAUGGCGGAUUGGGCGCGUGGGCUCGAGAUCAAUGUGUCAAGUAUGGUGCAGAUGACCAAGUACGCAGUGCCAGCGAUGGCGAAGAAUACAGGAGAAUUACGCGGUUCCAUUGUGAAUAUGGGCAGUGUCGCAGGCCUGAAGGGUGGAACGCCGCACUUGCUGUAUCCGACAAGUAAAGGCGCGAUUGUCAACAUGACGCGCGCUAUGGCGGCACACCACGCCGCGGAUGGAAUCAGGGUAAACUGUGUUUGCCCAGGGAUGUUAUACACACCAAUGAUGUAUGCUAAUGGCAUGUCGGAGGAGGCACGCGCGGCGAGGAAAGCGAGGAGUUUGUUAGGGACUGAGGGGACGGGUUGGGAUUGUGCCUGCGCAGUUGUGUUUCUAGCAAGUGAUCAUGCGAGGUGGAUGACAGGAGUGAUUUUGCCCGUGGAUGCUGGAACUACGGCCGCGGUCGGUAUUGGAUUGCCUAAAAGUGCAAGUGUAAAUGCAUAAGCAUAAUAUACGUUGAGAUAAUAGAGCACUACUAUACAGAAUAGCUGUGAUAUAUUAAAUAAGCAAACUGGAU